AUGCAACAACAACAACAACAACAAAACCACGUGAAAGAUGAAAAAUUAAAACAUCACAUUUUGACAUACCUGAUGGAAGAAAAAAAAAGAAAGAAAAUUCGAAAAGAUGAACCGAUACAAAAGUUUUUUUCUUUUGUUAAUGUUGUUGUUACAAUUGCAAAACGUUAA